GCAACUAAUUCCCGAGAGUGGAAACCCUCACAAUCAACUGGCGGUUAUUUCAACUUAUAACGCUGACGAUUUUGCUGCCGUCUAUCAUUAUUAUCGGAGUCUUGUCUUGAGGCAUCCUUUUCUCACGGCAAAGGACAAUAUCAGUCUUUUGUUUCAAAAGGCCAAGAAACCCUCCACUGAUGCAUCCGAGAGAGUUCAAGAAAAUGGAAGUAGACGACGCUUUUCCCAUCAGCGUCAAGCAUCAUCGCCCGCAAACUCAAACAAGUUGCGAACUGGUGAUGCCACCCAAUCUUUUUUUGCGGAUUUUACUCGAUUACAUAGCAUUUUGUAUUUGAGAGAGGACAUAGAAUCCUAUUUAGAAUUGAAAAAUUUGGAACUAAAUAAGUUAAAGGAACUCACUCAAGCAUGCUUAUUGGACUCUGAUCAACUCUUGAAGUUCACGGUUAUCAACAUGUCUGCGUUAUUCGUGAUUCGUCACAUUUCCAGCGGAGAGAAUGUCCACUCUGACAAUGGUCAAAAAGCUAAAAACGCUCAUUCGAAAAAGGUCCUGGUCGAAAAAUUUGCAGUAUUGUUAAUUUUAGAUACCCUGUCAACUUUGUUGGAGAUGU